AUGGAAGUUGCCUACAUAAAGGAACGUGAAGGUUUUCUUGGAUUGUAUUCAGGUGUAAAGCCAAAGCUUAUUUCAGUGAUCAUAUGCUUUUCUGCUUCACAUCAGGCUUCUCUGAAACUCAAUCCAAAGUCUGCCAGACAAGCAGAGGACAUCAAUGCUCUUGCUGUGUCAACUUGCAAAGAGGUUACAAUCCGGAGUUUUGGAAUCAUACUCAGUCAUCCAUUUCAAGGCAAAUAUCAUCGAAUGCGGUUUUUUUCACCACUAGCCCUCAUCAUGCUACUACAACUCCAUUACAAUGCACAGGUGUGGGAAGAUGGAGAGCGGAAAGACGAAGAGGGAAUGGAACUGAAGGAGUCAAAGGGGUUGUUUGACUCGCUGUUCGAGGUGUAUCACACAAAUGGGAUCCUGGGCUUCUUCAGUGGACUCAUUCCACGCUUGCUGGGAGAAGCACUAACUAUAAUGAUAGCCAAUGUGCUCAUUCACUGCAUAAAAACUUGGAGUCGACCUUCACAGACAUUUCAGUACAUCCCUCCUAUAAUAAAUGUGUUUCAUUUUGCUGGCACAUGCACUACAUCAGACUUGUCUCAUCAGCAGAAGGGAACACACGGACCGCUCUUCCCGUCGAUAUUGACGGUGACGAUUCUUCGCGAUGGUAUGAUCGAACGCGAAGAAAUGUCGGUCGAGGUUGCACGGGACAGCGCUGAGGCAGCCGCCGCAGAUGAAGCGAUUGGCGCGGAAAACACGUUUGCCACCGCAGUUGUGGUGCGAACUGCAGAAAACGGUGCUUUGGGAAAUGCUAGUCGUGGUGGUCGUUGGGCUCGACGAGUGAUGAACAUCGCGCACCACCUGGUGGCAGGGCGACCACCUUUGAUGCCAUCCUAUAAAUCAUGGCUGGAUUGUUGGGAUCACUUGAAGGGGCAACGCCAGUUGUCACGUGGUUCAAAUGUCCUGUUUCGGAGAUUCCUGGGACCAUCCUCAUAUUUGGUGCCAGGGAGUGACUCUGUUAACCAGAGAUAUCCACUUCAAAAAGAUAUGUAGUCUGUUCAUCCUCCUCCCAUGAGUGAGUUCCCUUCCUCCCCCCUCCCCCCGUAUUUGAGCUCACUCCCACAUUGAGUAGAAGAGACUGUUCGCCUAUUCAAUAUCAUUGCCAGUAAUAAACUAUCAUUUCAGCCCUG